AUGGCAAGCCAGUACGCGACGUCGGAUGCGACACUUGAUUACACCGUCAGUGAUCAGUGGCAAGACGGGUUUGUGGGGCGAAUGGCCCUGUCUUCCCAAGAAGGAGCGAACGGUUGGCGCAUUGCAUUUCGGCUGGAUGCCGAGAUUGACGCGAUCUGGAAUGCCCGCAUCAUUUCUCACAUCAAUGACACCUAUGUCAUCGAAGGUGUCUCUUACAAUAGCAGCCUGACCGCGGGUGACACGGCAACAUUCGGAUUUACGGCCCGGGGAACAGACACAUCCAUAGAUGCGGACAGUGUUUCGAUAGACAGCACGCCGGUCGAAACCGGACCCGUCGACCCGGAUCCAGAAGAACCUGACCCCGGUGAGCCUGAUCCUGUGGACCCGGCGCCCGUCGACCCAUCACCUGGUCCGGGCGACUAUGUCGAUAUUACCUCUUUCGGCAACUUCCACGGCAGCAGCAGCCACACCGGUCACGAUGAACUCCAUGGCGGGCGCACGGCCAUCACCACGGAAGCACUCGUGGCUUACAACGGAUUGCGCAAUUUUCUCGGCUACCAGAACGCGGAACUGGAGACAAUCGGCCAAUGGGCCUUCGACAACGACCUCACGAACAAUGACCAGGCAUGGGGUCAGGACUUGCAGGGUGUUGGCCUCUACUACGCGAUGCAGGCAGCAAAGGUUGGCUGGAUCCGCGACAAUGCGUUUGACCCGCAACUCCUGGCCGAUAUCCAGCGCACGGCACGGCUCGGCGAUCCGGUCGAUGUCAUGACAAUGGUCGAGGCAAACAGUCACGAGGGUUUUGCGGACUAUCUCAUUCAAAACGGACUUGUCGGGACAUUCAUCAACACGCUGAAGAUGGAACCACACUACGGCGGCUGGAUGCACGGGCGCGUUCACGGCGACCUGACCUUUCCGGAUGGUGAUGGUGCCUGGGCUCAUGACGUCAACCACCUGACAGUGCUCAGCCAUGACCAGACGCAGCCAUUCAUGAAUGACACGUUCGACUGGCCGCAAUGGAGCGCCCUGGACGUGCCUCAUCAGGACGUCAUCGACUAUUUUCAGUCCAUGGUCAUUCUUGGUGAUCCUCUUGGCGACGCCCUGCCGGAUGGCAGUGCACCCAACCCGGUUGAUCCUGAUCCCGUCGAUCCUGAUCCGGUGGACCCAGAUCCGGUUGAUCCGGACCCUGUGGAUCCUGCGUCAGGCCUGUCGGCGGAGUUUCAGGUCGUCAAUGACUGGGGACACGGCGCAACGCUCAACAUCGUGGUCAGCAACGACGGAACCGAAGACGUCUCGGACUGGGAUCUUGAAUUUACGCUCGGGUCGGACAUACAGCACAUCUGGAACGCAGUGAUGGAGUCUCAGGAAGGAGACCGGUACUCGAUCGAUGACGCAGGUUACAAUGCCGGAAUCAGUGCCGGCGAAACGAUUACGGUCGGUUUCAACACCACGACCGGCGGGUUCGACGUCGCACAGCUCAAUGAGGAGGCACAAUUCCUCUUCUAG